ACGCAGUUCUGGAGCCGGUUGUAGCUGCGCCCCCGGGGACCCCAGCAUGCCGGACAGCAGGGAGGUCCCGCAGGAGAGCCAGCAGGAUGCGAUGGUGGGGACCCCCCAAGAAAACUCAGGCACCAGGUUCUUAAACAGACUGCUGCCAGGCGGGCCUAGGUGUGUUCGCAAACUUGGUCUGACCCUGCAGUACCAGCAAGGAGUGAGGCCGAAUGUGAGAAGCAGCUCCCUGACUGAUGGGCAGACACUCUCCAAAGAGUCCCCAAGCCAUACUCUCAAGCUCGCAGCCCCGGAGAAUGUCAAGGAUAUCCAGCCGGAUUCUCCAGAUGAGGCGCUGUGGACGACUCAGGCUGAUGGGCGGGUGCGCCUGCGCAUGGACCCCGGCUGCGCACAGCUUCCCUGCACCGUGCAUCGCAUGUUCUACGAGGCUCUGGACAAGUACGGGGAGCUCAGUGCUCUGGGCUUCAAGCGCCAGGACAAGUGGGAGCGCAUCUCUUACUUCCAGUACUACCUGCUCGCCCGCAAGGCUGCCAAGGCCUUCCUGAAGCUCGGCCUGGAGCGGGCACACAGUGUGGCUAUCCUCGGCUUCAACUCCCCGGAGUGGUUCUUCUCGGCAGUGGGCACCGUCUUUGCAGGUGGCAUCGUGACUGGCAUCUACACGACCAGCUCCCCCGAGGCCUGCCAGUACAUCGCCCACGACUGCCGCGCCAACAUCAUCGUGGUGGACACACAGAAGCAGCUGGAGAAGAUCUUAAAGAUCUGGAAAAACUUGCCCCAUCUGAAGGCAGUGGUGAUAUAUCGAGAGUCUCCUCCCGAGAAGAUGGCCAAUGUGUACACGAUGGAGAAGUUCAUGGAGCUGGGAGCCGAGGUGCCCGAGGAGGCCCUGGACGCCAUCAUCGAGGCCCAGCAGCCCAACCAGUGCUGCGCCCUGGUCUACACGUCGGGCACCACCGGGCCCCCCAAGGGCGUGAUGCUGAGUCAAGACAACGUAGGAGGGAUGCUCGGACGGGCAGGGGAGGGAUGGGGGAUCCAGGCCAUGGCCCAGCCCCAACAGUCCCCGGGGAAGUUCCUCUGGCCCCAAACUCAGUGUGAUCCCCACAGAAGUAGUCCAAGUAGCUGUGAGCACAGCCUGCGCAUCUGCCCGUCCCCCAGAUCACAAAAAAGCCAGGCCGGUGACAUCCAGCCUGCAGAGGUGCAGCAGGAGGUGGUGGUCAGCUACCUGCCCCUGAGCCACAUCGCCGCCCAGAUCUACGACCUGUGGACCGGCAUCCAGUGGGGGGCCCAGGUCUGCUUCGCCGAGCCUGAUGCCCUGAAGGGCAGCCUGGUGAACACGCUGCGAGAGGUGGAGCCCACGUCCCACAUGGGGGUGCCGCGGGUAUGGGAGAAGAUCAUGGAGCGCAUCCAGGAGGUGGCAGCCCAGUCUGGCUUCAUCCGGCGCAAGAUGCUUCUCUGGGCCAUGUCGGUGACCUUGGAGCAGAAUCUCACGUGCCCUUGCAGCGACCUGAAGCCCUUCACCACCCGACUGGCAGAUUACCUGGUGCUAGCCAAGGUCCGCCAGGCACUGGGCUUUGCCAAGUGCCAGAAGAACUUCUACGGAGCAGCCCCCAUGACGGCGGAGACUCAGCACUUCUUCCUGGGCCUCAACAUCCGCCUGUACGCCGGCUACGGCCUCAGCGAGACCUCGGGCCCCCACUUCAUGUCCAGCCCCUACAACUACCGGCUCUACAGCUCGGGCAAGGUGGUGCCAGGCUGCCGGGUGAAGCUGGUGAACGAGGACGCAGCCGGUGUCGGCGAGAUCUGCCUGUGGGGCCGCACCAUCUUCAUGGGCUACCUGAACAUGGAGGACAAGACGCGCGAGGCCAUCGACGCGGACGGCUGGCUGCACACGGGCGACACCGGCCGCCUGGACGCCGACGGCUUCCUCUACAUCACUGGGCGCCUCAAAGAGCUGAUCAUCACGGCGGGCGGGGAGAACGUGCCCCCAGUGCCCAUCGAAGAGGCCGUGAAGACGGAGCUGCCUGUCAUCAGCAACGCCAUGCUGAUCGGCGACCAGAGGAAGUUCCUGACCAUGCUGCUCACCUUGAAGUGCACCCUGGACCCCGACACCUCUGACCCAACUGAUAAUCUGACUGAAAAAGCCGUGGAGUUCUGCCAGCGGGUGGGCAGCAAGGCCACCACGGUCUCCGAGAUCGUGGGGAAGAAGGACGAGGCCGUGUAUCAGGCCAUCGAAGAGGGGAUCCAGAGGGUCAACGCGAACGCAGCGGCCCGGCCCUACCACAUCCAGAAGUGGGCCAUUCUCGAGCGGGACUUCUCCAUCUCGGGUGGAGAGCUGGGUCCCACAAUGAAACUGAAACGACUCAUCGUUCUGGAGAAGUACAAAGACAUCAUUGAUUCCUUUUACCAAGAGCAGAAAAAGUAACCAGGGGCCCCCUUGGCGAGUCUACCGAAUAGACUGGUGGCUGGCCUCUGGAGCACUGUCCUGACUCUAGGCUCUCCUGGCUGGGCGCCGGGACACCUGGCAAGUCUGUUAGGUCCCCAGGUCAGGGGGUGAGCUGACAGCGACAUGGCCAGGCCUUACGCCGACAGCUGACAAUCCCGAGAAGCUUCAUGUGUGGAUAGUCGUAAUUCUGUUUAAGUAUUGCUUUUGGUUCAGGUGGCAAGUGAGAGCAGCUCUUCCCAGUGCUGAAGGACUGCUCACUUCUAGCCUCAGUUCUGGAUCUAACAAGCUGCCAGCUCACCUAACAACUCAGCCAGUGGCAGCUGGCUGUCUGGGGGGAGGGUGGCUGUGUUACUCGUGCACGCCUCGGGAUACUAGGGAAAGCCACCAGUUGUAACUCACCUAACGGCUACUUACUCUGGAACCUCGCCGGACACUGCCGACCCAGUUCCCCAGCCCAGGAGCUCCGCCACGCCCGCACCCACUGACUUGACUUAACGCCACUGCUUGCCACCCAUCUGAUUUUAUUUAAUGUGUCAUUUGAAUAUUAAACCUUUUAACGGAACAGUCAACAAGUACUUGAUUUUUUUUUUUUUUGGUCAAGUGAGCAGGCGGGGCCAGUCCGGGGGACCUUGUGUAAGAGGUAAUGAGGGGCCAUUAGUGCCCUGGAACAGAGGUGUGGAAUGGGGUCAAGCGGAGCAUUCCAGUAAAAGCAGCCAACUCCAGUAUUAGCCUGAGGCCAGCAGGCCCUCGUACUCGGCAUACCGUACUCAGCAUACCGUGAGUAGCACUCGUAGCAGCAUGCUGGGCCGAAAUGACUGCAGGUGCCCACUGGGAAACAGGUGCAGAGAGGACACUUCAGUCUGCUUUGGAAUUCUUUAUUACUGAGGACCCAAGAGUCACUGGUAAUUAGCACAACCCAAUAAAACAGGAAGCAGCAGCUUAAACAAAGUAAAAGA